GUCACUAAUAGAAAGUAAAUAAGUACAUGCCCCUGCUAUAAAAGUAUUGUUUGGGGGAUAUUUAGAGCUCAAAAUUUUGUGUAUUUUUACCGAAAGUUGGAUCCUGCGUAUCAGAUAAAUAAUUUAUAUCUUAAUUGCUGCUUUCCUUACGGUGUAUUUGUAAUUGCAGCGAACUGUUUAUGCAACUUUUCAACAAGCAACUCCUAGCUAUGAACAUAUCAGAAAUCCUGUUGAUUGUUAAUCACAUCAUCCUGUUGCGGGGCACAAACUUAUCUGGGAGAACUCAGUCAAGGAGUACUACAGGUGGAGAGAGGAAUCACUGCUUACUUAAGCGGGCUACGGGAGAAGUACUUUGGUAUGUAGCAUCUUUUGAGUCAAAGGCCAAGGAAAUAUGGCUUGUAUUUCGGAAUGAAGGACUGUCAUUGUCGAAACUGAUGUAUACUGCAGAAGAAACGAAAAAAGUCACUGGUGAUGGAAGUAAAAUAAGAAACAUUCAGGCACUCUGUCCCUCAACUUGGUGGCACUAGUUGAGGACAUCAGAGGAAGGAGAGAAAGAAAUGCAAAAUCUCAUUAGACAAUAUGUUGAUCAUCUUUGUUUUUAAAAAUUGUUGUAUUUUUAAAUCUUUCUUUUUAGUUUUUUAAAUCUCAAAAGGCAUCAGACCUUGAUAUUUGUGACAUUUGGAUUGGGAAAAUUUUGAAUGUAGUGUAUGGAUGUAUGCGAGAUACUAGAUAUGGAAAAUGCAUGAAAUUUGUGAAAUUUGAAUGUA